AUGCCUCGGGGGCAGAAGAGCAAGCGCCGUGCGCGUGAGAAACGCCGCCAGGCACGCAUGGAGACCAAGGAUCUCGGGGAUGCUCAGGCUGCUGCCUCCCCCGCCCCUACUUCUGGGAGUGCGCCCCCGGGCCCCCCUACUGCUGAUGCAGGCCAGAAGCCUCAGGGAGCUGAAGCCACUAGCUCUCCUGUUGCAGAGGCUUCACCCCCAAGAUCUAAAGCACAUGGCAGGCGCCAAGUUAAGGAACAUAAAAAUUCUUCCCAGGCCUCAACCUCUGCUAAGACCGCUCCUCCAGAUCCUCUGACCAAGAAGGCAGCGGUGUUGAUACAUUUCCUGCUUGAGAAGUUUAAGAUGAAAGAGCCCAUUAGGAGGGUAGAUAUGCUGAAGCUUUGUCACAAAAGGUACAAGACACGCUUCCCUGAGAUCCUCAGGAGAGCAGCUGAGUGCAUGGAGCUGGCCUUUGGCCUUGAAUUGAAGGAAGUCAAGCCGAACGGUUACUCCUAUACCCUGGUCAGCAAGAUAGGCCUUGUUAGUGAUGAGGUGCUGAGCAGCAGCUGUGAGCUGCCGAAGAAUGGGCUUUUGAUGCCUCUGCUGAGUGUGAUCUACCUGAAUGGCAACCAUGCCUCUGAGGCUGAUGUCUGGGAGUUCCUGAAUGUUCUGGGCAUCUAUGAUGGAAAGCAGCAUGUAAUCUUUGGGGAUCCCAGGAAGCUCAUCACGGAAGAGUGGGUGCAGCAGAAUUACCUGGUGUAUCGUCAGAUUCCCGACAGUGAUCCCCUGAGCUAUGAGUUCUUGUGGGGCUCAAGAGCCUACACUGAAACCAGCAAGAUGAAGGUGCUGGAGCUUUUGGCCAAGAUCAAUAGUACCAUCCCCAGUGCUUUCCCAUUCCAUUAUGCGGAAGCUUUGAGAGAAGAGGAAAAGAGAUCCCGAGGCAGAUCUCUAGUUAGAUCUCGUGCUGCUGCCAGGGCCACUGCCCGCUCCAGGUUCCCACCCAGAGAUCCGUCCAGUGCCCAGUGA